GAUAGGUGGCCAAAUCGAAGCCAGCCAAAGCUCCAUUGAAUGAAAAAAUAUGUGGAGCUCCAGUAUCGAGUCAGUCUUGCAAGUGGAUUAACCCAGUUACAAUGAAAUUCCUCAGCAUUCUAGUGGCCCUGUGCCUCUUCCUGGCCCUCGCCAUAUCGCCAAUUAGCUGCGACGACACGGAGAAGGCGGAGAAGCCAUUCUGUGCCUGUCCCCGGAACUACGAACCCGUGUGUGGAUCCAACUUGGUCACCUAUCCAAAUCGCUGCGAGUUCGACUGUGUAAAGCGAAGUGUCGAACGCCAGGGACGCAGUAUGGGAGUUCUGAGGAGCGGAACCUGCUAGAAACACACAAUCCUUUCGACAGUAGAACCAAAGAAAAAUCAAGGAAAAAUCCAGAAAUAAAAUCAUACAAGUGCCUUGUAUUAAUCAUCAAUGUGAAAAUAUAGAAAUAAAUCAGCUUAUCAGCCAGAGUA